CGCAAUGGCUGAGCGAUCACGUGAUGUAUGAGUACAACGACUUCCGUCUCGUCGACGCCUCCAUUGCAUUGAUUACAAGACUUGACACAAGAGUUGUUGCAAUCGUUCAACACUUCUGUCACUGAGUCCACCGCUCACUCCAACAGUCGCUCAUUGAGUCCAACAGUGAUCACCACUUAUUGUCACUCAUUGACAAUCCAUUGGAGUCUCGUUGAGAGCCACAAGAGGUUUGAUUUGUCGUCGCUUUGAGUGUUUGUGUCAGAGAGGUGUCAACCAUUGAUCCCGAAGUGAUGUCCGACAGUCUGGUUGAAGAUCCGGCCGCAGAGUUCUUGGCGAGAGAGCAGAACGCGUUGGCAGAACUCGAGGACGACUUCGAGUUCCCCACCAAUCCCAAGGAGUCCCAGAAAUUUAACGGCAAUUAUGCGAACGGAGACACAAAUGAGUUCUUGGAUGAGUUGAAUGGUCCGAACGGUCUGUCCAAUGGAGACGACCACGACUUGAAUGCUAUCAAUAAUGCCAUAAAUUCGGCGCAACCUUCGGAUACUUUCCGUGAAGAGACUCGAGAGGAGCCUAAGGAAGAGCCCGAGAAGAUCAGGAAAUGGAGAGAAGACCAGAACAGACUCCUCGAGGAGAAGGACAGGGAUGAGAGCAAACGCAAAGAGGAACUCAAACAGACCGCCAAACAUGAACUCGAGGAAUGGUAUGCGAGAUACGCGGAACAGUUGGAAAAGUCUAAACUUAAUAAUAGAAAUGCUGAGAAGGAAUGGGUAGCCGAGAGGGAUACGGAGGUUGCGGGUCAGGAGUGGGAGAAAAUCGCGCGGAUGUGUGACUUCAACCCGAAGUCGACCCGAAAUACGAAAGACACGACAAGAAUGCGAUCAAUACUUUUACAGCUCAAACAAAAUCCGCCGACGGGUCAGAACAGCAAAUCAUAAAUCAUAUGAAAUUAAACUAAUCUUAUAAUUAAGUAAAUAAUAAUAAACUUUAGGAUUACAUAUGAAUAUAAUUUACAUAAAAAUGGCAAAACGUAAAACAUUUGGUUGAGUUUUAUUUGACGUUAAGUCGAUUACAAAAACGCAAUUAUUAUAAAUAAUUAUAAAUACUAUAAAUAUUUAAUAUUUGAUUAAAAUGUUUUGAAUACUACGGCAGAAGUGGUUUAAGUGUUUAUUUUAUACCAAUAUAUCUAUUAGAGAGCACUUGUCUUGAAAUGAUUGGCGCUUUUCAUUGUAUGAUAUCUUAAAUUUAACCAAACGUUUGACUAAUUGUGCAGUUUUUAAAAAUACUUUAUUUCAGGAUUAACACAAAACUAUGCUAAAAUAUAAAACAAAUUACAAUAUAUAGUAUAA